GUUAAAUUUGGGCACCGCCGCCGCCCGUAGUCGGCGUCCUCAACAUGGCGGCUCCCCAGGAUGUCCACGUCCGUAUCUGUAACCAAGAGAUUGUCAAAUUUGACCUGGAGGUGAAGGCGCUUAUCCAGGAUAUUCGGGAUUGUUCAGGACCAUUAAGUGCACUUACUGAACUGAAUACUAAAGUGAAAGAGAAGUUUCAGCAACUGCGGCACAGAAUACAGGAGCUUGAGCAGUCAGCUAAAGAGCAAGACAAAGAGUCAGAGAAGCAGGUUCUGCUCCAGGAAGUGGAGAAUCACAAGAAGCAGAUGCUCAGCAAUCAGACCUCAUGGAGGAAGGCUAAUCUCACUUGCAAAAUUGCUAUCGACAAUCUAGAGAAAGCAGAACUUCUCCAGGGAGGAGACCUCUUAAGGCAAAGGAAAACCACCAAAGAGAGCCUGGCCCAGACGUCCAGUUCCAUUACGGAGAGCCUCAUGGGGAUCAGCAGGAUGAUGUCCCAGCAGGUUCAGCAGAGCGAGGAAGCCAUGCAGACGCUAGCCAAUUCUUCCCGGACUAUCCUGGAUGCAAAUGAAGAGUUUAAGUCCAUGUCAGGGACCAUCCAGUUGGGACGGAAGCUUAUCACAAAAUAUAAUCGCCGAGAGCUGACGGACAAACUUCUCAUUUUCCUUGCCCUGGCCCUUUUCCUCGCUACGGUCCUCUAUAUUAUAAAAAAGCGGCUUUUUCCAUUUUUGUAAGAUAGGGAAUUACCAGCUUUUGCCCUUUAAAGUCCGGUGUCAAGAUCUGGCCAUGCUACCAAGCUCUGGUAAACCAGUCCAUGCCUCCACGGUCUGCUCCAGUUGGUCUACGGGUUGGAUGGAGGCACAGAGUUCCCCAGGUUCCUGCAGGUGGCUGGCUUGCAAAGGGCAAGCAGAGCAAGGUGUCAUUGAGACACCUACAGGAACACAGGGACUCCACGAGCCAUUGCAACAGUGCUUAUGGCUGUCACAUGGGGCAUUCAGAGGCCAGCCUUCAGGCUUUGAUCCUCCUUUCUCUCCUUCUCCUGCUGUGGCCUUAGUGCCAGAUCUGGUAGAAGGAAGAGAAAAGUGGGGGGGAAGGAGGAUAAGGAAAACUCACGUCCAUUUCUUGAAUAAACUUGACUAUAUUUAAUAGAAUGAAAUGCAUUUGGAUUAUAAGGUAUCCUUCUGGGAAUUUGUGUCCUGCUUUCAGUGUCCAGAUUUCUAGGACAUGAACUUAGCUCAUUUAUUUGUUCUCCCAACAAAGGAUUAUUAGGCAGCAGUCAUAUGCAAUGUAUUACAGACCCUGCCCACUGUUACAAAUAGAUUGGUAAAGCAGCUGUGGUUCUUCCCUCAGGGAGCAAGGAGAACAAGAUCUCAUAGGCUCCAAAAAAGUAAGUUACAAAAAGCCCCCACCGGAGGUGGCUGACCCAUCUGAAAAGGCUGAGGCAAACAGCCUUUUCUUUCUGUGUACAGUGGUGGGCCUGGCCUCUCGGUGUGCAGCGUCUUGGGGGCUGGCGCAUGUCUUUCUCUUUGAGGUGCAGAGCUAAAUAUAACGAUGAGAGGGAGGCUAGUGAUAAGCGGAGUCCUGUCUGGGCCUGAGUUCUGUCGAGGCCUGGGGGAUCCUAGGGCUCAGGCUGGGAGAUGUUCAUGUCCUUGUGCUAUAGGCCUGGCUGGCCUCACACAUGAAAUCCCAGCCUCCCCACUAUUUAUAGCCCCAGAGGCCCUGGGAUGUGUAACAUGGAGGCAGAGGGGAAAGUGAAAAGAACAUGGACUUUGAGCCUUGGUUUUGAGUCUUGGCUGUUUAACUAAAGACCAUGUGACUAUGGGCAAGAUAUCUUAUGUCACUAAGCCUCAGUUUCCCCACCUGUAACAUGGGGGUGAUAGUCCACAUAGACAUUUGUUUAGUCAACAUGAGACUCCAACAAGAACGUGAAGUAACAAGUGCAGCUUCUGUCUGAGCAGUGGGCUUCCCAAGUGGGGCCACCUCCAGGGCUCUGGACCCUGAGGUUUCCUGCAGCAAACAGGGGCUUCGGUGAAAGCUGGCCUGGGCAUCACAAGUUCUGUUUAGAUCUGUUUGAGCAGAGGAUGUCAACAGUUAAGGCUUUGGCUUUAGUUAUGAACUGCCAGAUCUUCAUGGGACCAAGUACUUAAGAGAUUGGCUGCACACCUCAGACUGACUAGUUUAAUGAGUAGGUUCUAAGUUAAAGUGUGUGCGUGUGUGUGUGUGUACACACUUCUAUAUAUACAUAUAUCAUACUUAAACGAUUUCUGGCCUCAGAAGACACUCACUGCAAAUUGUGCAUGCAUGUGUCUUAUUUAUAGUCAAAUUAAAGCUGAGAAUAAAGCACAGAUGGGAAAUUCCCACUCAGAUUCCAGCUGUAAGUGCAGCAGAUGGAUGUUAUCAAUUUAGGAUUUUCUUGUCUUAACAUUUUUCUUUACCACUUCCCACUAAUUGUCAACAUCCUCCUUCCAAUAUGGGAAUGUGUGGGCGCUGUACUCCUUAAAAA